AUGACGCUUUUCUUUCCGCUUUCUGGUCUUUCCAGCGGUACUCUUCACACCAAAAGCGCGCACGUCUGCGCUCGAGGAAGAGAAUUUCAUCAUCCUUUCCCGUCGUCUCGUCGUUUACUUCGUUCUCGGUUCGCGAACCAGGAGAAGAGCAAAAGAGAUAUUGUGACGUCAGCGAUAUCGUCGUCAUCUUUAGACGAUAUAAAAACGAAAGGGUGGGUGGUGUUCUCGGACGUACACGUCAGUCGAAAAACCAAAGAUAUUGCCUUGGAGACUUUGAAAUUCGUCCACGCAAUAGCUGCGAACGAAAACAGAGGCAUCUUAUUUCUCGGGGAUUUUUGGCACCACCGAGGCGCGUUACCGGUGGAAACUCUGAACGAAAUCAUUCGAGAGCUCGCAAAGUGGACGCAACCGACGAUCAUGCUCGUCGGGAACCACGACCAGGUGAACGUAAAUGGAAGCGUGCACGCGCUGGAGGUGUUGCGAAUGUGUAAUCCGGAGAAGAUUUGCGUGUUCGAUGAACCGAGAGUGUGGAGAGGCGCGAUGUGGUUGCCGUAUAGGAAAGAUCAAGAGAUGAUGCGAAGAACUGUGGAGGAGUUGAUGGAACGACAUUCAAAGAAACGAUCGAGUAACGUAGCAGUAGCGGUAGAAGAAGAAAUUAAAACGGUGUUUUGCCACGCGGACGUGAUGGGUGCGAACGUCAAUCAAACGUUUCAAAUGAGAAACGGGGUGGAUUCGAAAGAAACGUUUAGCGAGGGCAUCGAAAGUAUCAUUUCGGGACACUAUCACAAGCCGCAUUUCGUGGAGAGAGAUUCGCGCGUGCGAUACGUCGGGAGUCCGUAUCAAAUAUCGCGAGCGGAGAAAAACCAAGAGAAACAUCUGUUAUUUUUAAACGAUAAAUGGCGAGAUGAAAGUUUAACCGACGCGGACGUUUUGAAACGCUCGAAAAUCGACAUUGGACCGAGGUAUUUUGACAUCGACGAAACGAUCGGCGAAAGCAUCGAGACGAUUGCGGGUGAUUUGCGGGCGAACGAUAUCGUUCGGUGGACGAUUCCGUUUGAUUCCUCUUUGUCUGCUAUGGAAGAAGAAGAAGAAGAGGAGGAAGAAGAAAAGAAGAAGAAAUCAAAGAAGAAGAAGACGCUGUCGCGAAGCGUGCCAAAACGAGUCGAAAACGCGCGUCUGAAAUACGGGUGUCAAAUCGAAGUUCGACGACCUCCGGCGGAGUUGAAAUCGACGAUUGAGAACGCAGAAUCGUUAAGUCCGGUGGAUUUGUUCAGUUCGUACGCCAAGAGUAUUCAGUUAACUGGAGACGCCAAGGCGUUUUGCGAAGAGAUUAUCGCAGAAGCCGUGUCGUCGAGAGAAAACGAAGACGGCAGCAAACUCGAUACCGGCGACGAUUCAAACAAACUCUCCACGUCUGCGCAUCUUCGUAAAAUCGAAUUCGAUGAAGUUGAAAUCACUGGAUUUGGCGCGUUCAAAGAUGAAAUCACGUAUCCUCUCAACGACCGCGGCGUGGUGUGCGUCGUCGGCGAUAAUCGAGAUGACUCUGGGUUUGCAGAUUCCAACGGUGCCGGUAAAACGACGUUAGUCACCGCCGUCAUGUGGGCGUUGACCGGUAAAUCUGACGUUCGCUUAGAUACCGGCUCGACGCAAAAAUAUUUAACCAACAAAGACGUCGUCAACGACGACUCGAGAUCGGCUCGAGUUAUCGUGCGCGGAUCCUUGAUCGACGAUCGAGAGGGCGACGACGGCGGAAAGAAACCGUUCGUUAUUGAAAGAGCAGUCACGCGAACCAAGUUAUCGAAAUUAUCCUUCGUCGUAGACGAUACGGACGAAACGAAAUUAGACUCCAAGAAAACGCAGGAACACAUGGAUGAAAUUAUAGGCGCUUCGGUCUUGGCGCAGACGUGCUUUCACGGCCAACACACGAUUGGAAGCUUACUCGAAGCCUCCGACGCGCAACUGAAAAACAGUUUCGGUUCCUUAGUCGAACAAUCCGUCUGGCUCAGGUGUAAAAACAAGAGCAAGAAGAUUCUGAAAGAACGACGCGAGAAAUUGACCAUCGCGAAAGCUGAAUUGAAAUCUCGCGAGAGUUACGUCCAACGAACGAAAUCGAGAUUUUUAGAAACCGAGAGAGAAUAUAACCGAUGGAAGGAAACGUUCGAGGAAAAAGUGCGAGCGAUUACGAUCGAGAGAGAAGACGCGUUGGACGCGUUGGCGUUAGAUCGAAUGCGAAAUGCGCGCAAGGCGGUGAAGGAAGUCAAAGAUAUCGAAUCAGUCGCGAACGAAGCGUUGCGCCAAAUUCUCGAUAUUAAUACGAAUCGAAACGAGUUUCUCGACGACGCCGAAGGUGUCUCCAUUCAAAACAGAAAAGCAAAAGAAAACGAACAACGUCAUCAACAACUCGAUCGAGACGAACAGAACCUGUUGAAACUCUUCAACGACGCGCAACGCAACGAAGCCUCGUCGAGAGCGACGGCGGAGCAAGCGCACAAGAGCGCCGGUCAAGUGUUCAAUCUCUCAAAACAGUCCGCAGCAGUGCAUCAACACGCCAUCGACAAAGAGACUUUAAAGUGCACGUUGUGUCACCAAUCCAUCGACCCGAUUAAACAAAAAGAAACGUUCGAACAGUUAAAACGUGACGCGGAAGUCAUGCGAUUGAAACACGUCGCGGCGAUUGAAGCUUUGAACGACUCGCGAGUCAAAUUAGACCAGUUUCAAUUAUUUAAGAAAUCCGAAAUCGAGCGAAUGUUGAACGAAGAAAGAGCGCUGCAGAAUUUAAAGUUCGCUCGAGUUGAAAAAGAGAACAAGAAGAUGAUGUUGACGAACGAAUUGAGACGGUUAGUUUCGUUACUGGUGAACGUUUCGGAACGGUUUUCUCAAAUGCUGCCAUACGUGCCCGAGGAAGUGUUGGCGUUGGAAAAGAGCUUUGGCGACGAUGGCGACGCGUUGCGUUUAGAGAGAAGGAAAAGAAGAGAACAAGAACAAGAACAACAAUCGACGAAGUACGCCGCUGCCCCUGCGGGUUUCUCGUCGGAACGGGGAGAGGCGUUAUCAGGCAUCGUUCCCGGAUUGCUGGAUUACCGGACGCCGUAUACUUCGUCUUCUUCGCGAGGAUACGCUUCCUCUCAAAACGACGAAAACAAUCCUCCGGGUAAAAACGACGGUUUCAUUCAGAACAACGUCGUCGUCGCGAAUAACAUCACAUCGCUCGCGCAACUCCUCCACAUCGACCACUCGUCCGGACUCCUCGCCGACGAUGCUUCUUUACCUUCCUUUGCGAAAGCGGUGGAAUCGAAAGUCGCCGCGGCGGAAACGCUCGUCGCCGGAUGCGAGAAAUCGUUGAGAGACUACGAGAGAAUCAAUCAAAAAUACCAGCAAGACGUCAACACAAACGACGACGCGAGUUUCAACACCAACAAUCCGCACUUUGAAGCGAUGAGACAACUCCAAGAACAAUUGACGGUAGAAACGGAAGCUUUGAACGAUUUGAAGGAGAAUUCGUACUCGAAGAUUGAGUUCGAUUUGAACACGGCGAAAAUCGCGGAUAAAUGUUUCAGUCCGACGAGAGGCGUGUCGAAUUAUUUGUUUGAAAAUGUUUUAGCGGAGGUUUCGGAGAGAUGUCAAGAGUACGUGUUCGCGUUAACUGGCGGCGCGUUGAGUUUGCAACUGGUGAGUAGUAGUUCUUCUUUUUCGUCGUCCUCGGCGGCGGCGGAUAACAAUAUCAUCACGUAUAACGAUUCAGACGAUGAUUUCGACGACGACUCGAUCGACGAAGUCGCAACAAAAACGACGCAGUUAGAAAAGAUUGAGAGAGUCAUAUUCGCGCGUAAACAGCACUCCGGCGAGCAAUACGAACGCUCUUUGCGACAACUUUCAGGCGGCGAACGACGGAGACUGGCCAUCGGUUUAGCCUUGGCGUACGCCGACGUCUCCGCGCGCCGAUUAAACGUGCAAUCAAACUUAUUGAUACUGGACGAAGCGUUGCAACAUUUGGAUUCCGAAGGCAUCGAAAGAGUCGUCUCGGUGUUGCGCGCGAUUGAAUCCGAAUAUAGUAGUAGCUCUUCGAGUGGCUGCGACGAUGUGAAUAACGUCCUCUUGAAGAAGACGGUUUUAUUAACCACCCAAGCGGAUUCAGAAACGGAGAAAAUGUUUGACGGCGUCGACGCGGUCGUGAAGAACAAGAACCGCUCGGAAGUUUUAAUCGGACGAGGCGAAUAA